AUGUUGGAGCCGCAGUGCAACCCCGGAAAAGGGGAGAAGCACGAGGAGAAGAAGACGUCGACCACCACGCCGACAACGUUGCUCGCGCCAACCUCUACCAGUUCCGCGAGAAUGGGGCUGGCACCAUCGUACGCCAUCCCAACCGGUGUCGGACGUAAACUCACCCCGAUGCCACGCGACCUUCAUCCUCCGCAUCACACAAAACCGAUUCGCUACGCUCUUUUUGAGCCACCAAACUGGAUCUACGACGGUUGCCUUACGGACGCCGAGUUCAAUGAGAAAGUGCGUUUUUUCUGUGUUGAAAACAAUUAUGUCGUUUAA